AUGUCUAAGCUGGACAUGGAGGCGGCAGUGAAUCAGGCUAUUGGUAAGAAUGGAGCGGCUAGGGUACACUUAGAACAACUAAAGCUUGAUGAAGUACUUUACGCUCUGCAAAAACUCAAGCCAAAAAAGUCAACGGGACCCGAUGACAUACCGCCCUACAUUUACAAAGACUGUAGACUAGUACUUGGUAAGCCACUUCUCUACAUAUUUAAUCAGUGCCUGGCGGAGGCAGUGUUUCCAGAUAGAUGGAAAACAACCAAGGUAGUCCCAGUACUAAAAGGAAAGUCAGCAUCAAACGUGGACCAAUAUAGGCCGGUUGCUGUGCUUUCGACACCAGCUAAAGUACUGGAGGCUGCAGUACACAAGAGCAUCCUCUCGCAAGUUAAUGUACAGCUUUCAUACGAGCAACACGGUUUUAGAUCCGACAGGAGCACCUCCAGCAACCUAAUUAAUUAUAUGAAUUAUAUUGUACCUGAAGUCGAUGCUGGAGGACAGGUACAUGUAGCUUUCUUGGAUUACAAAAAAGCUUUCGACCUAGUGAAUAAUGACAUACUGCUCACAAAACUGGCAGGUGUAGGAUUUACUUCCCAUUUACUAACAUUUUUUGCUAGUUAUAUGCGGAACAGAAAGCAGUAUAUAGAAUAUGCGGGGUGUAGGUCAGAAAACUAUUUAACUAGGUCCGGAGUAAGUCAGGGCAGCAAUCUCGGUCCAUUGCAAUUCAUAUUGAUGAUAAAUGACCUUCCAACGGUUGUCAAAGAUGCUCAUUGUACUCUAUUUGCAGAUGACCUGAAACUGUAUCUUGCUGUGAGGAACAGAGAGGAUUGUCAAAAGUUACAAGAUAUAGAUAGGGUGGUAGCCUGGAGCAAACAUAAUAACUUACAAUUUAACAUCACGAAGUUCAUAACUAUGACCUUCAGCCGUGUACUAUCUCCAGUUACGUACCAAUACCAGAAUUUGGAGAGCAUGUAA